CGAAAAUUCACAUCACAGUAAUAUAAAUAAUAAUAAUCUAAUAAAAUUUAAUGAAUUCGUUACUAUUUGUGCUGUUGCAAAAACUAAUAACCAGAACAGGUCUAGCGAUUUUUUCCAGUAUACUUUUUCAGAAAUCAAUUUGAGGAAAGAUUGAGGGGUUUAGCGACUUCGAUAUAGGGUGGCGUCCUUAAUGAUUUGGUCCUGAUCAUAUGUGAAAAUGCCUCUGUACGAUCUUGUGCUAAUGCUGAAACCCCAUGUUGAAAGGAGGGCCAUGGUUGAAUUACUAUCCAGGUUGGGAAAGAGGGUUCAUUCAUUGAAUGGCGUUAUAACGGAUAUCAAGUCGUUUGGAAAUGUUCAUACGGCAUAUGGCAUUAAGAAGCUGGAUGGCAGAUAUUACCAGGGUCAAAUGAUGCAGAUGACGAUGAUGGUUACUCCAAAAUUCCCUAAGGAGCUGGAAUAUUUGAAUAAAGAUGAUAGGUUACUUCGUUGGCUUUUAGUGAAAUCUAGAAAUACGUCUUACGGCAUGGAUUUCAUAAGUGAAUCUGAGGGCAAAGGAAGCCUCUACAAUAAAUACGCAAAGGGUGGUUGGUUUGAAGAUGGUGAUGAUGAGUACGACGAUGAUGCUGAUGAGUAUGAAGUUGAGGAGUCCAGUGAGGUUGAAGCUAAAAAAGAAGAUAAGAAUGAAACCUAGAAAAUCGAGCAGAAUUUGAUUUUGAUGACCUAUUGUUGCUCUUUUAGUUGAAUCUUGCAGCAUUGGAAGUCAUUUUACCUGCUAGAUGACAACUCUAAGCCCUAAGACGCCUUCAGUAUCAGUUUUGUUUUGUAUUUGUUAUGGAUGAAAUUGAACUGUACUACAAGCUCUCAGCAUAUCUUUUGUCAAGUGUGGUGUCAAGUCCAAAUAAAACAUGUUGCUGCAAAUUUACACUACAGAGUUUCACUUAACCAAUGAAUUUUUCGCUUGCGACAAAUGAGGAAUGGCAGAACCAUAUUGUGUAAGAGUCGUUUAUGAAGAUACGAAGUGCAAAUGUAGGCUGUGACCACAGCAUUUUUGAAAACUUCUGCACUCUUGGUUUUACUCAAUUUUUGCCGCAUUUAAAGUAGGAUACCAUGUUCAUAUGCUGUCAUUCUAUAGAACUAAAGAAAAGCAAAGGGGUAUUUCAACAGUC